AGAGCAGGAAGCUAGGUCCGGGGUCAGCUGGAGGGAGCAGCCGGAGCUGGGUAGAGACCGCCAUGGACACACUUAGGUUUCACUGGACUCCAGGCACCAGCUUCACUCUGUUUCCACGGCAGCCACUACCACCAAAGCUGCUGCUAAUGCUGUGGCUGUUGCUGACUUUGCCAGUGAGAUCUUUGGACGUCCCUGAGGGGUGGCACAAUGACCAGGGAUCCCUGCCCUCUGCUCAACUCCAGUGCUACUAUGUGGGACCCAAGGGGGACAUGAACUGCACCUGGGGACCCAGUUUGGACCCUGGCAUUUCUUACAACUUCUACUAUCAGAGCUUAAAGUACCACCCUAACAGGACUCAAAAUGUCUCAGUGCCUAGAGGUCAGGGUUGGGUCACUGUGCAACGAGAGCAUCUCACCCACUCCGACCAGUACCUUGUAUGGCUGAGCCAAAAUGACACUUCCCAGCCUGGAGAUUCAGAGCCGCUCAGCUUGAAUCUGGAUUACAUAGUGAAACCUGAGCCACCAAAACUACCCCAUAAAGUAGAGUUCUCUGAAGACCCUACAGUGGUCAGUGUGAAGCUGGCUGCCCCUGCCUGGCCUCCCCAUGAGAAAUUCAAGUGUCAGCUCCGCUUCCGGGAUGCCUCUGCUUCAGUAUGGCAGCAGGUGGAGCCUAGAGAUUUAUUAACUUCACCCUCUCUGGAGCUUCCAGGCUUAGAGCUAGCCACAGUUUAUGAGGUGUCCUCUCGAUGUCAGCUGCAAAGCAAAGUGGGCUUUUGGAGUGACUGGAGCACCACCCUGAAAUUCCAAAGCCUCUCAGUUGGUAAGUCCCUUCUCUUAGGGCUGCGAGGCCCAAGUCCUGGGUGCUUGCAUGCUUCCAUGAACUUCCCUCCCCUUCCCAGCAACUGGAGAAGUCCCUCACCCCACCCUGCUCUCUCCUUGUGCUUCUGUUUAGCCCCAACUGGCCACGUGGAUGUGUGGGUCUUUAGGUCGCCCUGCAGCUCCCAAGAAGGGGACUACAAGUUGCUAUGGAAGGACCUCAUACCUGAAUCAGGGUUCAGCUAUAAGGUGGUAUUCCAGGUCUCAGGUAAAGGCCUGCACCCUAAGGUCUUCCCCUGCUGCAGUGCCGACAUUCCCAAAGGUGCAGAGUGGGCAUCAGUAGCGGUCUUUAAUAGUACUGGCCAGGAACAUACAUCCAACCUAUCCCUGGCCUGUUCAGGUACCGCUCCUAAGGGGGUCCAAGUGAAGAGCAUGGGAAAUCAGGGGAUGUUGGUCACAUGGGUACCAGAGCCACAGGAGUUUGUAGUGGAGUGGAUCCCCUACAAAGAAGAGAAGUCUUUCAACAAUCUUAACUGGACCUGUCUGCCAAAUGGGAGUAACAGAACUUUGCUAAGAGGAAACUUCGAGAAAGGAGUUCUGUACCGUGUGACCAUGAGUAGUGUCUCUCUGGCGGGCUUGGCCUUCGCCUCUCCAGUCUACGGAUACAGUCAGGAGAUAGCACCCCCAGAGGGGCCAGCUCUGCGACAGAUACCCAAUGCUGCCAGUGGGGCACUGACCGUAGCGUGGGAUGAGCUCCCCAGAGAAAAACGUGGGGGACACUUCACACACUAUACCCUGUAUGUGCAGCGAGACUCAGGGUCCCCCACCCUUCUGAAUGUGAGUGCUGAUUCCCUAAAUGUGACCUUAUGGGACCUGCCUGGAGGAUACUAUAAGAUGUGGGUGAUAGCAUCCACCAUUGCUGGCCCUGGACAGCCCGGCCAGAUGCUCCGACUCUUCCUCCCUGAGAAGAAUUUGGAAAGAUGGAAAGUGCUGCUGAUCGUCCUGCUGCUCUGUGGCAUAUUAUUGCUGAGCUGCUGCCUGGGUUUGGCAUUCUCCAAGCGCUGCCUCCAGCUCUGUCACAAGCUUCUGCCCCAUUGGGUCUCUGAAAGGAUCCCUGAUCCCUCCAAUAGCAAGAGCAUUCAGCCUUGGGGAGAGGAGCUUCCCCAGGCUCCACCUCCCAAGGAUGCCCUUUUUCUAGAGGUGGAAGAAGUGGAGACUCCAAUGUCCCCAGCCCCCCAGCCUCCAGAGGCUCCCACCCCACUCGACUCUGGAUAUGAGAAACACUUCCUGCCCACACCUGAAGAGCUGGGCCUCCUGACCCUGCCCAGACCACAGACCUCCACCUGAGGAGUCCUGGACAAUGAAACUCUACCCAGGGGGUGGAUCCAUGAUGUAGAGGAGCCAAGCUCAGGAUCAAGGCAUUGCCCCUGAUUUGGGGAGGACCAAGUCUCCAAAGCAUAGACCAUCAGACCUGGAAGGGGCUUAGAAAUCGCCAUCUACUCCACCUCCCAUCUCCCAGAAAUGGAGACCAAGGGGGCCAGGAGAUUUGCCCAAGACCACACAGCCAGGCAGAACGGAGGCUGGGACUCAACCUCACCCUGCCCCACCCUCCCAUUCCCCACCCCAGCCAGCCCCUUUCUGCUCUUCGAGAAGAACCUUGGGAAGAUCCUGUCACAUUCCUCUGAUCAUCUUGAGGACCUGGGGAGAAGAGCACAUGACUUCCUACAGUUGGGUCGGAGAGUUUAGGGCUGCAAGGAACCUCAGAGGCCAAACAACCCAAUUCCCUUCCCCAUCAAAAUUAGGAAACACAAGUGCAGAGGGCCAGUCAGUGCCUCUCAUUAGGAGCAGGGGACCUCAACCAACACCUGAGCUCCCUGCCACUAAAGCUGUGUCUCUCUUGUGUCCUCCACUUCUCAUUCAUUCCACCCACAUUUAUGAACAGGGAGCCAGUUAAGUCUCUCCCCUGCCCCCCAAAUCUUGCAUAACCUCCCCAAUGCCUAUGGGACCAACUCCAAACCCUUCCUCCUGGUGUUCAAGGCCCUACCAUCUCUUCCCAGCUCUCUAGCUUUGCUUCCCACCCUCCCCUUCUGUCUCCCCACCAACCCAGUGCCCAAUGGCCUACAUAAAGUGUUCACCAUCCAUAUCUGAAACACACAUUCCCACUGUCUUCCUCCUACCUUUUUUUUUUUUUUGGUGGGGCAAUGAGGGUUAAGUGACUUGCCUAGGGUCACACAGCUAGUGAGUGUCAAGUGUCAAGUGUCAAGAGGCUGCAUUUGAACUGAGGUCCUCAUGAAUCCACUGCGCCACCUAGAGACACCCCCCUUUUUGUGCUACAACUCAUGUUUAAUCUGAAUUAUUGACAUUUCUCCAUCAUUUCUUAAGACUAGAAAUCAACAAGACAACAAAUCAAUCCCUGAUUUGUAGCAUUUGCUCAUUUCUGGGGUGCAGAUGUUCAUGCUGAAUAUUUACCAAUAAGCUUUCUAGUUGCACUGGUGCCAGAACCCCUCUGCAGGUAUUGGGGUCUUCAAGCAUUUGAAAGGCAGUUACGUGGAGAAGGGAUCAGACUUGUUCUGAUUUGGCUCCAGAGGACAGAGGUUGGUGCAAUGGGAGAAGGUUGUGGAGAGGCAGAUUUCAGCUCAGAUGUCAGGAAAAAACUUCCUAACAAUCAGUUAUCUAGAAGCGAAAUGAGCAGCUUCAGAGAAGCAUAUUGAUGCUCAAUAGGGAUCUCCAAAGACAUUUAAUGACUCCUUCUCAGAGAUGAUAUAGAAGAGAUUCCUAGUCAGGACUGCCUCUUCUCCCCUCCUCAUUUCAUAUCACUUGGACACCUUCCCCAACCCAGUGCCCAAUGGCCUACAUAAAGCUCACCAUUCAUAUCUGAAACACAUAUUCCCACUGUCUUCCUCCUACCUUUUUUCGUGGGGAGCAAUGAGGGUUAAGUGACUUGCCCAGGGUCACACAGCUAGUGAGUGUCAAGUGUCUGAGGCUGGAUUUGAACUCAGGUCCUCCUGAAUCCAGGAGUGGUGCUUUAUCCACUGUACCACCUAGCUGCCCCCAGGGCUGGGAUAUUAAUGUGGUUCUUUUGAUUCUAAAUCCAAUGCUCUUUCUUCCUCACAAGGCUGCUUAAUAAAUGGGUUUGGAAUUGGAUUGAGGGAAACUAAGACCUCAGGAAGAAGGGAUGCUCCCUUCCAGGUCCCCAGGCACCAGGUGGCAUGGUGGACCUAAAGUCAGGAAAGCCUGAGUUCAAAUCCUAUCUAAGCCCCUUCCUAGCUGUGUUAACCACGGGCAAAUCACUGGAUCCAUCUCCCUUUGCCUCAGUUGCCUUGUGGGUAAAAGUAAGGAUAAUAAUAGCACCUACCU